ACACAUCAAGGUGUGCGGGAAGAGGGAGAAUGUAAGGGAAGCCAAAGACCGAAUAAUGUCUGUCCUCGAUACAAAGAGUAACAGGGUGACUCUGAAGAUGGAUGUUUCCCACACAGAGCAUUCACACGUUAUUGGCAAAGGAGGCAACAACAUCAAGAGGGUGAUGGAGGAGACGGGGUGUCACAUCCAUUUCCCAGACUCUAACAGGAACAACCAGGCAGAGAAAAGCAACCAGGUGUCCAUCGCAGGGCAGCCAGGCGGGGUGGAGGCAGCUCGAGUAAAAAUAAGGGAGCUGCUACCUCUUGUGCUGUCUUUCGAGCUCCCUGCCAUCAUGCAGUCUGACCCCAGCUCGCCCACUGUGCAGCACAUCUCGCAGACCUACAACCUCACAGUCUCCUUCAAGCCCCCGACACGUCUCUAUAGAGCCACAGGUGUUGUUCGCGGCUCACAGAAUAAUGCCAACGCAGUCAAGAGAGGUACAGCUCUGCUACUGGAGCACCUGGCCGGUAGCCUGGCUAGCACUAUCUCAGUGACCACCCACCUGGACAUCGCACCGCAGCACCACCUCUUCAUGAAGGGACGCAAUGGCAGCAACAUCAAGCACAUCACCCAAAGGACGGGAGCCCAGAUCCACUUCCCUGAUCCCAACAGCCCCCAGAAGAAAUCCACAGUCUACAUUCAGGGCACCAUCGAAUCUGUGUGCUUGGCACGGCAGUACCUCAUGGGCUGUUUGCCUCUGGUAUUAAUGUUUGACAUUAAAGAGGAUAUUGAGGUGGAGCCCCAGUGUAUCACAGCGCUAAUGGAGCAGCUGGAUGUCUUCAUCAGUAUCAAACCAAAGCCAAAACAGCCCAGCAAGUCUGUGAUAGUCAAGAGUGUGGAGAGGAAUGCAGUCAACAUGUACGAAGCCCGAAAAUUCCUCUUGGGUCUCGAGAGCAAUGGAGUGGUGUCUUCCUCACCCCCUGUGGCACUGAAUGCCGGCACUAAUGGUCCAUCCCCAUCUCUCAUCUGCCCUGUUGGCCUGGACAUCCUGGCCUCAGCUGGCCUGGGGCUGAGUAAUCUGG